AUGGCCGAGGUUCUUGGACUCGUUUCAAGCUUCGCAGCGAUAAUUCAACUAGUUCAAUACGGCGAAAAGUUCGCAAAAGCCUUGUACCAGUAUUCGGAACAGCAGGGCUAUCGGACUGACGAAAUUGAGCGAUACGCAAUCCAGGCCAUUACAUUUUCUGAUGUUGUCCGUACUGCUCACUUCUCACUCAAUCAGCACUGCAAGAAGUAUCCAAAGUCUCCUGUUCUUGACUUUAUCGCAACGCAAGGGGCACUAGACAACAUAGCUUUCCAGUCAGAAUCGGUCGAACUGCGGCUUAGGAAGGCCACCAGCCAGGUCAGAAGUUAUCUUGGAAGCAGGAACUUCGUGUUGAGCUUCUUCAAGUGGUGGUACCAAAAGGACUGCAUCAAGGAUUUGUUCCCAGAGAUGGAGAGCAUCAAAACGAGUCUUCAACUGCUGAUGGCGACGGCACAUUUCGAGAUUGCUACCAUGGAGCGUAACGACCCGCAUUCGAAGUUGAGCGUGACAGACAUUGAGGAGUUGGAAAUUUCCAUGUAUAUAUCGCUCGAAGAAGAUGAUCCAGAUGUUGAUGAGGGCAUUGGAGAAAUUCAGCGCAGAUAG